AUGUCUUUCGAAGAUUUGCACAAGGCGCAACGCGGGAAAGUCGAGGAGGCAGUGGACGAAAUAUGUAAGGAUUUCGAGGUGACGGAGGACAAACUCCGCGAGUUGACCGCGUACUUCAUCGAAUGUAUGGAACAGGGUCUCAAGAACGGAGAGACGGACGGGACGUACCGUGGGCUUCCGAUGAUCCCGUCGUACGUGAUGGGCAGGCCCAAUGGCACUGAGGAGGGCACGUUCUUGGCGGCGGACCUUGGCGGCACGAAUUUCCGGGUGUGCUCGGUGCGUCUCAACGGUGAUCACACGUUCAAGCUGGAGCAGUUGAAGUCGAAGAUCCCCGAGGAGCUCCUUGACGACGACGUAACAUCAGACGAGUUGUUCGGCUUCAUCGCGAAGCGCACAAUGGCGUUUGUCAAGCGCUACCACUCUGAAGUGCUCCAGAGCGAGGGCGGCCAACUGAAGCUCGGGUUUACGUUCUCGUAUCCCGUGGCGCAGACAUCGCUAUCGAGCGGCACUUUGAUCCGCUGGACGAAGGGCUUCAACAUCAAGGAUGCGAUCGGCAAGGACGUGGUCAAGAUGUACCAGGAGCAGUUGGACGCGGUCGGGUUGGGCAGCGUGCGCGUUGUCGCGCUGGCAAACGAUACCGUCGGCACGUUCCUCUCGCACUGCUACAAUUCGCGCAACUCGGCGUCACUCACAACAGGCGAGAUCACAGAGCCCGUCAUCGGGUGCAUCUUCGGAACGGGCACGAAUGGCUGCUACAUGGAGAAGCUCGAGAACAUCGAGAAGUUGCCGCAGGAGCUCCGUCAGAAGCUUACCGCGCAGGGCAAGACCGAGAUGUGCAUCAACAUCGAGUGGGGCUCGUUUGACAACGAGCUCAAGCACUUGCCCACGACCAAGUACGACUUGCUCAUCGAUCAGAAGUUUACCCACAACCCCGGCUUUCACCUGUUCGAGAAGCGCGUGUCGGGCAUGUUCUUGGGCGAGGUCCUCCGUAACGUGCUUGUCGACCUCCACUCCCAGGGCCUCAUUCUGCGCCAAUACCCCCAGGGCCAGCUACCCCACCGCUUGUUGAAGCCCUUCAACCUCUCCUCCGAGAUUCUCUCGCACAUUGAGAUCGACGACUCCUCCGAUCUUCGCGAGACCGAGCUCUCGCUCUUGCAGGCUCUCCGCCUCCCCACCACCGCCGACGAGCGCCGCCAGAUCCAGCGCCUCGUGCGCGCCAUCUCGCGCCGCUCUGCCUACCUUGCCUCCGUCCCCAUUGCCGCCGUCAUCAUCAAAACGGGCGCGUUGGAAAAGCGCUACCACGGAGAGGUCGAGAUUGGCUGUGAUGGCAGCGUCUUCGAGUUCUACCCCGGAUUCCGUUCCAUGAUGCGUCAUGGCUUGGCGCUGUCCCCUCUAGGCCCGGAUGGCGAACGUAAAGUCCAUCUACAUGUAGCAAAGGACGGCUCAGGCGUCGGCGCGGCGCUAUGCGCACUUGUCGCCUAG